CUCGUUUAUUCUCUCCCCCGGCCGCGUGAGAGAGUAAUUUGUUCACGUCACUUGUCACUGGAGGCUACUUAAAAUGAGCAAGGUCCAGGGUAAACAAGACUGGUCGGAGCCGAUAUCAAAGGGCAGAUUUUCGGCCGCCGUCCCGUCGGCGAGAUUCAGCUACAGAUCGCAGGCGAAUAACGCAGAGAAGAGAAAAACGCUGUCGAAGUUCUCGAUGAUCGGUAUCAAUGGCGGCCCAAUGCUCUUCCACCGGCGCGGGGAUCGACUUAAGAUACCGAAAUAUCAGAAUACCUUCCGCCUGCUGCCGUUUAAAGCCUUUCACGCGCUCGCGGUCGACAAGAUCGUUCGUGAUGUGAUGGAGACCAAAUUAUUGGCGAUUAGAUCGUACGAGCCGGAUCAGGCGUCAAAAUUGUGUUUGGAAAUUGCCGCCGAUGUGCUGAAGGCCGUCGGCAAGAAGGAUUACGACAGGUGCAAGGUGGUGGUGCAGGUGAACAUCAUUCAACGCUGCCGUCAAAGUAUCUGCGCGGCCUUCCAGUGCCUGUGGGACGUGGAGCGUGAUAAUUACUCGUAUCACGUAUUGGAGAACGAUCACGUGCACGCGUGGUGCUGCGUGUUUGGUAUAUAUUACGACUAA